AUGCGGCCAUUCCUUCUCGCAUCCUUGGCGUCGCUAGUCGCGGUACAGAGCAGCAAUGCCCAUCCGCUAUCGCUGAAGUCGCGAAUGCUCGCUAGGAGAGCCGUCGACCUGAACGCCUUUCGAAUGGUUCUGGAUACUGAGUAUACGAACGCAACAACUGUACAAUCAGACCCGUCGAUUUCUUCCCUGGCGAAAAGGGCCGAUCCUCAAGAUACCGCUACGGAACUUGUAAAGACAACUGUACCAGGUGCUACCUUUCGGCUCGUUGAGGAUCACUACGUCGGAGGCAACGGUGUAGCUCACUUCAAUUUCAAGCAGACCGCGAGUGGGCUUGAUAUUGAUAACGCGGACUUCAACGUGAAUAUUGGCCGCAACGGAGAGGUUUUCUCGUUCGGUAGCUCAUUCUUCAAGGAAGAUGUGCCUUCAUCUCCAGACUUUGACAAACGCGACACUGUCGACCCGGCUGAAGCCCUCAAGGCGGCAGUCAACACACUCCAACUUCCGAUUACGGCCGGCAAUGCGAAGGCGGAGCCAAAGGGUGACACAGACACGUUCAUAAUCACACAAACUACCGGGACCGUUUCCGAGCCAGAAGCUCGCCUCGUCUACGUCCAGACAGCCGAUGGAAGCCUUGCGCUCUCUUGGAAAGUAGAGACUGACAUCGACACCAAUUGGCUCCUUACAUACGUGGAUGCGAAGAGCGGCGAGAAAAUUCACCAUGUAGUCGACUACGCUGCGGACGCAACCUACGAAGUCUAUCCUUGGGGUCUCAACGACCCAACCGAAGGCCAGCGCGUCAUCCUUGAAGACCCAUUUGACCCUAAAUCAAGCGAAUUUGGCUGGCACAGCACCGGCUCCGAAAGCUUCAAGACAACGAGAGGCAACAACGGCGUGGCGCAAAGUAAUUGGGACAACAGACAAGACUACCUGAAUCUGCCGAGGCCGACAAGUCCAUCGCUCGACUUCGAGUAUCCGUACGGUUUGAACCAAAGCGAUUGGAAAUCCUACAUCAACGCAUCAAUUACCCAGCUCUUCUACACGGCAAACACGUACCACGACCUGCUGUACAAACUCGGCUUCACUGAGGAAGCCGGCAACUUCGAGAUGAACAAUAAUGGUGGAGCGGGCGUAGAAAACGACUUUGUGUAUCUCAACGCGCAAGAUGGCGCUGGAUUGAACAACGCAAACUUCUUGACCCGGCCGGAUGGCCAACCAGGCCGCAUGAGGAUGUAUAUGUGGAACCUCACCGAGCCGUGGCGCGAUGGCGCCUUCGACGCUGGUGUAGUCAUCCACGAGUACACUCACGGGCUUUCAAACCGCCUCACCGGCGGCCCUGCGAAUGCUAAUUGCUUGAACAUUCUCGAAGCAGGCGGUAUGGGCGAAGGCUGGAGCGAUUUCUUCGCCACGACUAUCCGGCUCAAGCCCGGCGACACUCGCGCAACGAACUACGCAAUGGGUGCCUGGGUCUUUGGCGACCCUGCAGGCCUCCGACCUUAUCUCUACUCUACGGAUAUGAACGUCAACCCGCACAUCUACACGGACGUUGACCCGCUCACCAAGGUCCACUACAUUGGCACGGUUUGGGCCACAAUGCUCUAUGAAGUGCUCUGGAACUUGAUCGACAAACACGGCAAGAACGACGCGGGCACACCAUCCUUUGACUCCAGCGGCGUGCCCACGGAUGGCAAGUAUCUAGCGCUGAAGCUCGUUAUGGACGGAAUGGCCUUACAGCCAUGCAACCCCAACUUUGUGAGCGCGCGCGAUGCGAUUAUUGAUGCGGAUGAGGCGUUGACGGGUGGAGAGAAUGCGUGUGAGAUCUGGAAAGGCUUUGCGAAGAGAGGUUUGGGCGAGGGUGCGACAUAUAGUACGAUGGGGAGGACGAAUAGUUUUGUUCUACCGGAAGGGGUGUGCUGA